AUGCAUGUGCCGGCAAGGAAGCAAAUCUCGCAGGUUCCGAAUAUGCACGAGUUAGCGCAGCUGGCGGCGAUGGUGCUUCAGGAGCGUUGCAGCCAACAACGUCACUUGGAGCGUGUCUGCGAUACACAUUUCCACAGCAGCCGGAUUCCGCAGAUAUCUGUGAUUGACUACGUUCGCCGUAUUGCCAAAUACUCUUGCUGCUCCCCAGAGUGCUUUGUGUUGAGCCUCAUUUACAUGGACCGGUAUUUGUAUACGACGAGAUUUCCACUGACGUUUCGUAAUGUUCAUCGGCUGAUGAUAACGGCGGUGCUGGUGAGUGCAAAGCUUAGAGAUGAUACUUACUAUACCAACACGUACUAUGCAAGCCUUGGUGGCAUCAGUACGGCGGAAUUGAACGGGUUAGAGCUUGAAUUUCUGAAGAUAAUUGACUGGACGACUUGGGUGGAGCCAAGUCAGUUUGAGGAAUACCGUUUAGGAUUACAAGCGCGUUAUUCGACUUCUCAACUGUCCCCUGUGGCGGCUGGGACCUCCGAAUACGGCACUAGUUCUGCGGGUGGAAAGCGGGGAACCCCACAGCGAUAA